UUUAUUCGGAUUCCUUUCCUGUCCCAAGCCAAGGCGGCUUCUCCCUGAAGCUCCCGAAGCUGAGAAGGAGCUGGUGAGAUCAGUGGGGGGUCGGGGGUGAAAAGAGGGGUGCAUUGCAAGACCCAAGGCAGAGAGAAAGAAGAGGAGGAAAGGCAAGCGGCUGCAAAACAGAGGGGAUGAAAAAUACCAUGACAGAGUUCAAAGAAGAGGACUUUCUUCAGGAAGGCUGUGAGGCAAGAGAAAGGCUUGAGGCUUCUCCAGGAAUAUCGCCUGACGAAACAUUCCUCCAAAGUGCAGCUGAUGAAACUGGAGAUGCGUGGGACACAGCUAGUGAAAAUGAAAUGUGUCAGGUUUUGGAGGAAAGUGAUACUCUACAAGCGGAAGAAGACUUUGAGGAUCAUGAUGUACCAAAGAAACAAGUGAGAAACCAGCAAGGUACAGGAAGUAGUAAAUCAUUUGCUUAUCACAAUGGUAACUACCAUGGAGCAAUACAGGAAAGAAACAGGAUUGAAUGUUCUACCUGUGGGAAAAUCUUUGCUAGUAUAGCAAACCUUAAAGCGCACAGGAAUAUCCACACAGGGGAGAAACCAUAUGACUGCUUCGAGUGUGGGAAGAGUUUCAGUCAAAGCUCAGCCCUUCAGGUGCAUCAAAAAACCCACACUGGAGAGAAACGAUAUACAUGUUUUGAAUGUGGAAAGAAGUUUGCAUAUAGUACAUACCUCAUUGUGCAUCAAAGAAUCCACACAGGAGAGAAACCAUAUAAAUGUCUGGAAUGCGGGAAAAGGUUUUGUAGAAAAUCGGACCUUAAUGCCCAUCAAGGAACCCACAUGGGAGAGAAACCCUAUGCAUGUCUGGAGUGUGGGAAGAGGUUUAUUGCAAGAUCGUAUCUUGUUAGACAUCACAAAAUCCAUGCAAAGGAGCAACCGUAUCUUUUCCACAAGCCUGCAAAUAGUUUCAGCCAUAGUCAACAACAGCAAAGAAACCGCUCAGGUGAAAAACCAUAUAAAUGUUUAGAAUGUGGAAAGAGCUUUGUGCAAAGUACGACCCUCAUAAAACAUCAAAUGAUCCAUACAGGUGAGAAACCAUACACCUGUCUCGAAUGUGGAAAGAGCUUUAGACAGAAUGCAAACCUCAUUAUGCAUCAAAGGACCCACUCGGGUGAAAAGCCGUAUAAAUGUUUAGAAUGUGGAAAGAGCUUCACUGUGAGCACCAACCUCACCAUGCAUCAAAAUACCCACACUGGCGACAAACCAUAUACAUGUCUGGAAUGUGGAAAGAGCUUUAGGCAUACUUCAAGCCUUGCUAUGCAUCGAAGAAUUCACACGGGAGAGAAACUGCAUGAAUGUUUGGAAUGUGGAAAGAAGUUCACAACGAAUGCCAACUUCAUGAAACAUCAACUGCUCCACCAAGGGGAAAAACCGUUUAAAUGCCUGGAGUGUGGAAGGAGCUUUAGUCUGAGUGAAAGGCUUAUAAACCAUCAAAGAAUCCACAAGGAAGCGAAACCGUUUCAAUGCCUGGAUUGUGGGAAAAGCUUCAGUCACAGCUCAACUCUCAAGAGACAUAAAAAUGCAGAGACGGGGCAGUGCAAAAAGGGCUUCAGUGAGACUCAAAGAAGACCAAGGACUCAGAACAAGAAGAAACCGUAUCAGUGCCUGGAGUGUAGAAGCUGCUUUAAUAACCCCUCAAACCUUCUUAGACAUCAACUGAUCCACACAGGGGAGAAGCCCUUUAAAUGCCAGGAAUGUGGCUUUGGCUUCAGCCAACACUCAAACCUUAUGAGACAUCUGCUUAUUCAUACUAGGGAAAAAGAACAGAUAUGCUCUGUCUUGGGAAUGGGUCACACUUAGGUGAACGCUAUUAAACCCUACCAAUUUGUUCUUGUUUCGUUUUAUAGCAUUGAAAAUCACUCUUUAUUAGAGAGCAAUGGCAAGCAAGGUUGGCUUUCUAAAAAAUAUAAUUAUUUAAUUGACUCUUUUUCAUUCAAAUCCACCCUCUUAUAUUAAACAUUGGAAUUUAAUGCUACCUCAGAGGCUGGCUAGAGGAAAGCAAUUGGAAAAUGAUCUGGAAUUCCCCUGCCAUUAAGCUAAAAGCCUUAUUCAACUCCAAUACUCCAAUGGAAUAUUCAACUCCAAUUUUUAAAAAUUAUUCACUUUGGUAUUUAAACCCUAUGACAAGUAAAACCUCUAGGGUCUCAAGUCCUGAUUGUUGGAGGAAUUGUAAAACUAAAGGCUCCCCAUAUCAUAUGUGGUGGGAAUGUCCAACAGUGUCAAAUUUUUGGAAUCAAGUGGCUAAGCAAACAAAAUUUAUAUUCGAUCUAACCAUUCCAGUAGAUUUUAAACUGGUUUUAUUUGUUAUCUAGCCCGAUAAAUUGGCGAGUAAAGAUCAGAAACCUUUACUCUUGACAAUGUUGGCGAUAGUUUGCACAACGAUUGCUAAAAAUUGAAAACCCCCACAAAGUGGUAUGAUAAGUUAUGGGACCAGUAUGUAAUGGGAAAAUGGAUUACCCUUUCUUCGAAAAUGAUACUGAUUUGGCUAUAGAUUAAUAUUUUGCUUUGGGCCCCGGUUUUGGAAUUCUUUGGGAAUAUUUCCUUUUUGCCUAAUAGAAUGAAUUGUAGGCUAUUUCUUAAUUCUUAAUACCUAGUAGAUUAUGUAUUGUUUUUGUAAAUUGUUUAUUAUAUGCAUCCAAUGAUCUAAAUUGGGUUCUUGUAUGGUAGAUUUAUAUUUUUAUUAUUUACUUUCCCUAUGCUCCCUUUGUAUUGGAUUAGAUUCAAUAAAAUAAAAUCUAUUAAAUUAAGAAAAAGAAAAGAAAAUCACUCUUUGUUGUCAUGUGAAUAAUAACUAUGUGUCUUUAACUGGCAUACUAGGCUAGUCCUUCGUACAUGUUGGAGGAGGGUAACAUAGACGUGAUUAACGUGCUAGCUCUGAAAACACUGUAGGAAGAUGCAUCUUUUCUUUGUAGAAUUUUGCAGUAUAUAUAUUUGCUAAUGUAUAGCCUUGAAAUGUCAUCUUUCCCCCAUUUUAAUAAAAUAUCUACUUGA